CAGAAAUGACGAUGAUGUCCAACUUGGUCAAGUGAUGCAUCGCCGAGGCCAGUUUCUUCAGCACUUCGGUCAAUUCUAUUCCUAGUACCGUCGAAUUGUACAUCUCUACGCAUUUACCUUGUGGUUGUGUGUUCUACACCUGAUUCGUGCUCUUCAGAAACCCCUGCCGUGUCAAAGACAAACACAACAACACUACAGCCAGUAGCCUUCACAUGUCAACGCCGUUUCAGCUCUGCUCGUCCAUGCCCAUGACGUGAACUCGAUCACGCAGCCUGCUUCCUCAAUCCACCUUCUGACAUUGUAUUGCUUGGGCGCGAUCUUGGAAAUCCCAGAAGACCAUACACCCUGAGUCUUUUGCGAGUGCACUUGCUGCCAGCACGGGGUUGUAGCCCUGGAACGCAGCCAAUAUGGAUGUGCUGAAGGAGUCAGUCGAAUCGGUCAUUUUGAACCCCGACCUCGCCCCUCUCCUCGCCAUCGUCAAAGCCGCCCGCAAUGGCGCCGUCUACGGAGCCAAAGUCCGCUUCCCUCAUGCGCUGGUCAUGGUCUUUCUGUUCCGAAAGGGAUCGUUUCGAGAGAAGAUCCGGCUCGUGCUGAAGGCCACGAAACAGCACGCGCGCAACCUGGCGACCUUCGCGGCAAUAUACAAGACAGCAAUGUUGGUGUUACGGCUGCUCAAUCCGGUCCACCCGGGCAAAGAAGGGCCAUAUGAUACAUUUUUCGCCGGCCUGUUGGGCGGUUAUGCGGUCUUUGGUCGAGCGAAGCCCGGCAGUGUGAACCAGCAAAUCGUCAUUUACGUCUUCGCGCGGGUGAUACUCGCUUUGGCUAGACUCAGCAUCGAACCUCCCAGCAUGACCAGCUCCACGCCUACUCCGACGCUGUGGACGCAGCGGCUACCGCCGUCCACGAGAGAAAAGAUCCGACAAAAUGCUUGGCCAGUCUUUGCCAGCUUGAGCUGGGCCAUGGUCAUGUACAUCUUCAGAUGGCAGCCGGAAAGCAUUCAGUCGAGUUUAAGAAGCAGUAUGAAGUAUAUAUAUGUAAAUUCGGAUUACUGGGAUUCAUUCAAGAACUUCCUUAUCCACAAUACAUGAAUCGCCUGAACAAUUGAGACGGUGCGGUUGCGGGAGUGAAUUGCUAGGCAAGGCAUGUCCACAAAUAAGAUCUUGAAGACACAGCAUAUUUGGUACGGACCGAAAAUAUUGCGAUGGGGUGGUGCAUUGUGUUCUGGAGUACAGGUAUACUCAUGUACACUUUGGCUGUACUGCGCUGGCUGUUCAUUUCACGAAUGAAUUAGAGGUGGCCAUGGUGCUAAAAGGUACACUGGAAAGGUAUUUGCAUUUCCAUCCCCCAUUUAUACGUGAUCGAUGAUCACGGUGACUGCAAGAACUAGUCCCCACGGGGCGUCAUGUCGUUCGAAUGGAGAGGAGAGCUCGUCGCAAGCUACGGAUGAGCCAUGUAUGCUUGCUUCUGCUUAGAUUGGAUGCAAAUGCAAAUAUUCACGCCAAAAUAGUCGGAAAUCAAACAAGUUGACGAAAAGGAGCAAUUUGCGGCUUCUUACCUUGCGGAUGUCCAAGAGUGCCAAUCUACAAUGCCAGGGAUACUUCUCAAUACUAGGUAGUCAUGUUUUGUCACUAUUGACGGUGACCAGCUUGGACCGUUCGUCCCACGGGUUGACUUUGACUGCCAACACACGGCCCAGCCCAGCCAGCCUUGUUGUGUCCCAAACCGGAACUUGACCUUGUUCCUGUUCGAGAUGACAUGACGCACGCCACAGAUCGCCAGUGGCCGCUGAAAUUGCAUAUACACCUCUCUGGAACUUAGCGUAGUGAAGAAGUCACUUAUAGCCUCGG